CCCAGAGGCUUCGGCGGAACUCGUAGCGCACCAUUCACAUCUCGCCCUCUUGGUCCUUGACCUGCCCCGACAUGCCCCCCCGUCUCUUUUGGCCCUUGCUGACCGUGGCUUGCAAGCUCCCACACAUCACUCCACCAUCCUCCAAGGCCGACCUUCGGCUUUGCGACAUUCCAAAUCACCGACUGUUCCUUUCACACAACCCAGCUUGGCCUGCUCAUUUCUGACUGGUUCCAAACCAAAUAAAAUUCCCAUUCCCACCACCGACGGACUAUUUGCGCACUAGACUCGUUACGGUUUGGGAGUUCUUCCGCCCUUACUUCGAAAAGCCAUCUCUUGCGGAAGACACACAUUUCCCUGUCCUACCAAUAAGACGUCGUUCACCCUCAGAAGAAAAUGUCCGAGCGAGGUCAUUUUCGUGGAGGUGGCCGAGGGGGCGGCGGAAGAGGAGGAAGGGGCGGAGGAGGCGGUCGAGGUGGUGGUGCAGGCGCCUCUUCGCAACAGUCCAACCAACCGCACGAAAAGCCCAAGAAGGAGAACAUCCUAGACUUGGCCAAAUACGUCGAGAAGCAAAUCAAUGUGAAAUUCAAUGGUGGAAGAGAAAUUGUCGGCACGCUCAAAGGCUACGAUCAAUUAAUGAAUCUGGUGUUAGAUGACGUCAAAGAGACCAUGAGAGAUGACGAGGGGAACGAGACAACUCGACCGCUGGGGCUCGUCGUCGCCCGCGGCACAUUGCUCGUCCUGAUAUCCCCGCUUGACGGGAGUGAGGAGAUUGAGAAUCCUUUUCAACAACCCCCAGAAGAGUGAUAUUGGAAGAGCACCAAAAUCAGAUUUCUGCAACCACGAACUCGAACUCCAGAGAACCGCACAUUAUCCUGCUCUAUUUUUCUCACCAGAGAUUUGGCGCCCAGCCCGAGGUCUCCAGGCCAUCGGUUGCCUGUGCUCAACAAGCAAACGUGACGCGCGAAACGUUUCCGACACCAGAUUCGAAUGUGUUGUUUGCGCUCAAAGACCGUGAAACGUGGGGACGCUGGGGGCAUUCCCCGACCGAGGUCAUGACUGGAUUUGGUCGAAAGCAGUGGGAGCUAUUCAUCGAGCUCAACAGCAGAGUGACAAAUGGAGAUUUAUGAUUUUUUUGUGUGUUGUAUGUCUCACUGCUACCUUCCUAAUCUUUGGCCUUUCUCUCCCAAGAUCACAAUCGUCUUCUCCCAUAUCAAAGUUCCAUCACUUCUGCAAUGAGUGUCGGUCCUCUUGCUCUUUCCUUGUAACAGAU